AUGAGCGGCAUGAAACUGCGCGACAGUAUCCGCGCGCCGGUGCGAUAUGGCGAAGAUGAAUACGAAACACCGUCACAGAUCUCAUUGCGCCACGGAUACGAUGACUCCUUUGACGACUCCAUCGAGCUUGGGGAAUCAGGCAGACCCCGCCCACAAAAGAGGCGCAGGCUAAACACUGCAGGUCGUGAUUCCAUCGCCUCUGCACAGAAUCGCGGCGUUGGCGACAGCCAACAGCACAUGAAGACAAGCGACGUUACACUUCCUCUCCGAAACGCUGGGACAACGCCAACCGUUCCAUCGCCUCCGUCUGAGACAGAACGAGUCCCGAUGGAUCAGCUCGAUAAUCACAUCGCCAGUAACAACAUGGAUAAUCCGGUGUAUGCGAGGAACGUAAACGUGGCGCGCAUGACUCGUGCGGACGCGCCUCCAGCUACCGAGGAUAUGGUUACCUCUCCGGAUAGUGAUGACGAUCCACUGCCAGAUGCCAGUCAGGUGCUCCUUGAUGCAAUCCCAAACCCAAAAUGGAAAGAUCUGCACAGGGCUAUGCAAGUUGAAAUCGUUGAGAACACAAUGAAAUACCAUAGCUGGAGACGUGUUUGCGACCUUCUUGGCCUGGGGCCAGAUGAGCGAAGACAGCUCACGCAGACCAUAAGCAUUCGCAACAAACAGAUCGAACGAGAGAACAAAAGACUGGACCAAAUGCGGCGCAAACAGCGAGAGGUACUCAUGAGAAUUGAUAACAGCGAUUUGAAGCAUUUCAAGCCGCCACCUCAACUGGUGUUAAAAAGGAUUGCUCGAAAGACCAAUCGAAACCUGGUCACCAAGUACACGGACCUUUUGAUGUGCCAGGCCCACGACGUCCUGAAAGCCAGGCAGUACUUGCAUCAACACGGACUACCUCGAAGAUAUGCCGGUGAUUGGGGAGACAGCCUGGUGGUGCUGCGAGAAUCCAAUGACUCCCAUGAGCCUGACAAGUUCGAAUGGAAAGAUAACCUGAGAUUCACUCCACCCCACAAUGAGAUCGAGACCUUAAUCAAUCCUUUGAUGUACCCAGUCAGGAGUGACAAGAGUGCAUUCAUUCAAAGCAUUGGCACAAGCACGGACGGCACAGUGAACCCAAAGGAUUUAAUUAAACGUGACUCUGAUGACCUCGGUCCUGUGAUGGAUUGGGGGAAGUAUUACGAACGGAAACCGGACUCGUCAUUGGACACCACCAAGCUCCGGCUGGGUGGAAUGGUCAGGGUGAAGAUCGGUCCACACAACGCCGCUCAGAUCCAACAAUACAAGCAGGCCGGUGUCAGACCACACUCUCAGAGACAAGUGACCGCCAUGCCUGAAUCACCUCCGCCGGAGUUUCCACAAGAAACACCAUCUAAGGCGCCACGGAACGGGAACCUCGCCCAGCCUUUUUUCACGAAACCCGCCAAACCUAUCAGCAGAGUCCUCACCGGAAACAGGUCUUCGGUAGAUCUCAGCCCAAUGGAAAGCCAACUCAAGUAUCAACGAAGGAUACAAAGGGCCAAGCUUGAGAAAAUAGAAGCCCAGGCCGAGGCGAUGCACCGUCAGUUCGACUACCAGCCAACCCUUCGGGCGUACCGUGGGAUGACAAACAUGAACGUUGAUCGCGUCAUGGAUGAAUUUGUUUGCUUUGAACCUAUUGUGAUGCCACAAGAAAGCGAGCCCGAGCAACCAGAGGAAGAGCAGGUUGAUGAGCAACCAAGUUCCACUGACAUUAGCACGAUCACUGAGAUGUCCUUGGAUGAUGUGAUGCUGGUGCCGACGGAUGGCUGUUCCUCUUCGGAGUAG